CGGCAGCGGGUGCCAAACCGCCCCCCGGGAGCCGCGCCGAGGACGCAGCCAUGCCCAGCGCUGACACUCAGCAGCCGGACUGCCGCCUCGUCCCAUCCCUCUCCAGCGCUGCAAAGAGGACGAGGAUGCCAUGAGAUUUCCCACAGGCCCUCAAUGGCACCUGGCUGGGGCUUUGCAGCACUGUCAAGGAUGCCAAAUCCCCUAGAUGGGGACUUCUACAGGAGUUCCAGUGAGAGGAGGUUUUGAGAGUAACACUCCAUAGGCCGGUCAUGGUUUCCUACCUUUACACACUCCUCCACCUCUGCAUCUCUCGCUGUCUUCUAAUGGUUUGAUGGAGAGCUGGUCGAAUGUCAGCAGGAACUAUUGUUAUAUCUGGAGGAAUUCUCGCCGGAGUGAUACUGCUGUGCAUUGUAGCAGUGCUCUGUUACUGUAGACUCCAGUAUUACUGCUGUAAGAAGAAUGAUUCUGAGGUGGACAUGGGCUCCGUGGUGGGAGCGGACCCUCUCUCUCACUUUCCCUGCAAUGCCUGCAACGCCCUCGCCAUGGACGGCGCGGCUAUCACACCUGUCUCUCUGGAUCAGCUGGACACGGGUUCUCACCACAACCACUGCCCCACCUGUUCCCCGUACACCCUCCGAUCUGGACUCACAGAUGACAUGCGCAACGGAGGGGAGCGGCUGGGCUUCCACACCUACUAUGAGAACCCGUCUGUCUCUCUCCCGCUGUCUGCCCACCCGCAGGGCUCCUCCCCUCUGAGUUACUGCAAUCCCACGGACAUAUUUCCUCCCCCACCACGCCCCUACAGCACCCAGGUCUGAACUCUGCUGCACCAUAAAGACACACACUCACACAUAUAGAAAACCUUUCAGACAUACUAACACACACCUGACAACCAACACAUGCCCUGUUGUUUGGGACUACAUUCAGGUGUUGGAUAUUGAUACUGCACAAUUACACACAUGCCCACAUUACUGUACAAGCUCACUUCUGCCACACAUUCCAGAAUCAUUCAUAAUGGGGGUGAGCCAUAAACUGAGCCCACUGACAGGGCCUCUGUGUGGGCAACACGUCCUUGGGCCAAACCAUGGAGGGCUCCAGGCAGCAGGAUAAACCAGUGUUAGAUCUGCAGGGAAGUGGUAAAUAUUAUAACUCUAGUAUAACCUCAUUUUGUUUAACAUGAGGCCAAGUCACACGCACAUGCAUGAAAUGUGACUAAAUUUAGGUGUCAACACACCUCGAUUGAUGCAUCAUUCAAGCCACUUUUGCAGGUUGUCAGGUACACGUGACCGUGCAUGUAAUAUAGCGUGAACACAAAAGUGUCUCCAGGCACACUUAUUUUGUUGUGUAAGUGCAAAGGAUGCAAAUUAUAAGCAAUUCCAAUAAGACACAUUAUUGACAUAUGAUUAUCCAUGAACCAUUAAAAUCUUAUGAAAUACACAUUGCAUAUUCCCCCCCAAAAAAGCCACUUUUUUGCAUCAUGUGGUUGGAGCCAUGAAUUAAAUAAAUAACUUCCUAAAUUAUUUUCAUCUUACCUUUUCUGGAUGUAACUAUGUAAUUGUGUACUAAUCACAAGAAAUAUAGGAAAAACCAGGAAAAGGAAAGAACCAGGCCAGGUUAUGAUUAAUUGACUAUUCAUUUAUUAUUGGUUACUUUAUUUUCCAUAUGCUGUAUGUUGAAUUGUAUGUUUCCUGUUUAUAUGUUUUGCAUGUUCAGCUGAUCUGCUACAAAAACCUCUAGGUUACGCUAGUAAGUUAUUAGACUCAAAUAAUUAAUGUAAAAAGUUUAAGUAAAUAGUCACUGUUUUUCCUAAUAGUAACACCAAAUGACAUGGCUCGUUGUCAUGGGCCCUUAUUAUUAUUGCUCCUGCUCCAAAUACUGUUAUUCACUAAUGGUACUUACUACAUCAUAAAGUUACAGAACCUCAAUGAGAUUAGUGGUUGUAGUACCA